AUGGAUGCAUCAUGGCAUUGGUUUUUCACUAAACUUCAUGAAGCCAUUGGUGAGUGUCCCAAUCUUGUUGUUAUUUCUGAUCGCAAUGUUAGCAUAGAGAAUGUGUGGAACAAAGCAGGGUUACAUAAGUGGUCUAGAGCUCACAUGGAUGGACACCGUUACAAUGUAAUGACAACAAAUAUUGCGGAGUCAAUCAACUCAGUUCUUAGGUUUGCAAGGAUGCUGCCAAUGGUUCAUUUGAUAGGGGAAAUUAUUAAUCUCCUUGUGAAAUGGUUCACCGAACGUCGUGAGUUGGCUUUGAAUUGUACAACAACAUUGUGCCCUAAUUUUGGAGAGGAUAAGUUGAGGAAUAGGUUGGAGGAUGUUGCAAGGAUGAAUGUCGUUAAAGUAAAUAACGCACAGUUUAAUGUUUUGGACGAUGAUAUGGAUGGCCUCGUAGAUUUGACCAACAACCAUUGUAGUUGUAGAAUGUUUCAGCUUGAGCAACUACCUUGCAAGCAUGUAGUUGCAGUUUGCUGCUUCUUGAAAGUAAAUGUAUACUCGAAGGCUUCUCGGUAUUACACUAGGAAUACGUGGAUGAAUGCUUAUUCGGAUAUCAUCUACCAGGUACAGCCUCAUGGAAUGUGGGAUAUUCCUGAAGAUGUUCGAAGUCGAGUUGUGCUGCCUCCCAUGGCAAGGGUCAUGCCAGGCAGACGAAAGAAGAUAAGAAUUCCCUCGCAAGGAGAGGGCACCAUUAGAAGAAAGUGCUCAAGGUGUGGUUCCGCAGGCCACAAUAAAAGCACCUGUAAAAACACUAUUCCAUUGCGCAAUGUAUCUUAG